CCUGGCCCAGGAAUCCUCAGAAUGCGAGGUUUCUCUCAAGGCAUCUUGCAUCAGCUUGUGGAUGGAUGUAUGCUCACCCCCAGCCUCCUCCAUCAGUGAGCAAGGGGAGAAGCGGGCUUUCUCACCAAACUUUGCCUGCUGGGUUUGGGGAAAUACUCUGGAUCAGGACUCGCCACUAGCCCUGGGCUCAAGUGGUUGCUGGCCUUGGACUCAAGGAGACCUACAAAAGGGCCAAGGUUUGUGCCCUAGAAGUCCCAAAGGUUGUGGCCCGAAGAAAGGAAGCCAAUUGUCUUCUUGAUUGGGAGACUGGGAGAGUGAAAAGGAAAACAGCCCAUCUGGUCCAUCCAGGCACUGAGGAUCCAGCACGACCCUCCAGAGAAUGUUCUUCACCUCAUAAUGACCAUCUUUAAAGUAUCCAGAGAAAAGUCUUUCCUGUUUUGAAGACCUUCAGGGGAGGAGAAGAAAACAUCUGGCUUGGACUGAGCAGCCCGUUUGGAAGACAAGCGUAUCCUUCUCUGAGUAAACCACUAGCUACUCAGAUCUGAGUUCUCACAGAUACAAUGAAGAUCUAAGGGCCAACAAAAUGGAACCAAAUUCGAAUCCUAGUAAUACGAUCUGACAAGCUCUCAGUAUGAAGUCUGUGAUCAUCUUAACCCUUCUAUGUCCAAAGACUCCAGCGCUGACACUACCUGCUGAGAUGACCCCCUUUUCCAAAUUGCCCUUGGUGCUGCUGCUGCUGCCUCCCAUCUUGAGUGUUACCAAAGCUCAGGUUAAUCCAGCUGUAUGUCGCUAUCCUUUGGGCACAUCAGGAGGCCACAUUCCAGAUGAAGACAUUACAGCUUCCAGUCAGUGGUCAGAAUCCACAGCUGCCAAAUAUGGAAGGCUGGACUCUGAAGAAGGGGAUGGAGCUUGGUGCCCAGAGAUCCCAGUGGAACCCGAUGAUCUGAAGGAGUUUCUACAGAUCGACCUACGCAAUCUGCAUUUUAUCACCCUUGUGGGAACCCAGGGACGCCAUGCAGGGGGCCAUGGCAAUGAGUUUGCUCCUAUGUACAAGAUUAAUUAUAGCAGAGAUGGCACCCGCUGGAUCUCUUGGAGGAACAGGCAUGGAAAACAGGUGCUGGAUGGAAAUAGCAACCCCUAUGACAUUGUCCUCAAGGACCUGGAACCCCCCAUUGUCGCCAGAUUCGUCCGCUUCAUUCCCGUCACUGACCACUCCAUGAAUGUCUGCAUGAGGGUGGAGCUCUAUGGUUGUGUCUGGCUAGAUGGAUUGGUGUCUUACAAUGCUCCAGCUGGACAGCAAUUUGUACUCCCUGGAGGUUCCAUCAUUUACCUGAAUGAUUCUGUCUAUGAUGGAGCUGUUGGGUACAGCAUGACAGAAGGUCUGGGACAACUGACAGAUGGGGUCUCUGGCUUGGAUGACUUCACCCAGACCCAUGAGUACCACGUUUGGCCUGGUUAUGAUUAUGUGGGCUGGAGGAAUGAAAGUGCCAUCAAUGGUUACAUUGAGAUCAUGUUUGAAUUUGACCGGAUUAGGAAUUUCACCACCAUGAAGGUUCACUGCAACAACAUGUUUGCUAAGGGGGUGAAGAUCUUUAAAGAGGUUCAUUGCUACUUCCGUUCGGAGUCCAAUGAAUGGGAACCCAAUGCUGUCUCCUUCCUACCAGUCCUGGAUGAUGUCAACCCUAGCGCUCGCUUUGUCACAGUGCCCCUUCUUCACCGAAUGGCCAGUGCCAUCAAGUGCCAAUUCCAUUUUGCUGAUACCUGGAUGAUGUUCAGUGAGAUCACCUUUCAAUCAGAUGCUGCAAUGUACAACAACUCUGGAGCCCUUCCCACCUCCUCAGUGGCACCUACCACUUAUGACCCAAUGCUCAAAGUGGAUGACAGCAACACCCGCAUCUUGAUUGGUUGCCUGGUGGCCAUCAUCUUCAUUCUUGUGGCCAUCAUUGUCAUCAUCCUCUGGAGGCAGUUCUGGCAAAAAAUGCUAGAGAAGGCUUCCCGGAGGAUGCUAGAUGAUGAAAUGACUGUAAGCCUUUCCCUGCCUAGUGAAUCCAGCAUGUUCAACAAUAAUCAUUCUUCAUCACCCAGUGAGCAGGAGUCCAACUCCACUUAUGACCGAAUUUUCCCCCUUGGUCCUGACUACCAGGAGCCUUCCCGGCUCAUACGGAAACUCCCUGAAUUUGCUCCAGGAGAUGAGGAGGCAGGCUGCAGUGGUGUAGUAAAGCCAGUCCAGCCAAAUGGCCCUGAGGGUGUUCCCCACUAUGCAGAAGCUGACAUUGUGAACCUGCAAGGUGUAACAGGAGGCAAUACUUACUCAGUACCUGCAGUUACCAUGGAUCUACUCUCUGGAAAAGAUGUAGCUGUGGAAGAAUUUCCCAGGAAACUCCUCACAUUCAAGGAGAAGCUUGGAGAAGGCCAAUUUGGAGAGGUUCAUCUCUGUGAAGUGGAGGGCAUGGAAAAAUUCAUGGACAAAGAUUUUGCCUUGGAUGUCAACACAAACCAGCCUGCUCUGGUGGCUGUGAAAAUGCUUCGAGCAGAUGCCAACAAGAAUGCCAGGAAUGAUUUUCUCAAGGAGAUAAAGAUCAUGUCCCGGCUAAAGGACCCAAACAUCAUCCGGCUAUUGGCAGUGUGCAUUGCAGAAGACCCCCUCUGUAUGAUCACUGAGUACAUGGAGAAUGGAGACCUCAACCAAUUCCUUUCCCGACACGAACCCCAGAGCCCUCCCUCCAGUAAUGCACCUACUGUCAGUUAUAUAAACCUGAAGUUCAUGGCCACACAGAUCGCUUCCGGCAUGAAGUAUCUGUCCUCUCUAAAUUUUGUCCACCGAGACCUGGCCACACGAAAUUGCUUAGUGGGAAAGAACUACACCAUCAAGAUAGCAGACUUUGGGAUGAGUAGGAACCUGUAUAGUGGAGACUACUACAGGAUCCAAGGUCGGGCAGUGCUCCCUAUUCGUUGGAUGUCUUGGGAGAGUAUCUUAUUGGGCAAGUUCACCACAGCAAGUGAUGUGUGGGCCUUUGGGGUGACACUGUGGGAGACCUUCACUUUUUGCCAGGAGCAGCCAUAUUCCCAGCUGUCAGAUGAGCAAGUCAUCGAGAAUACUGGAGAAUUCUUCCGAGACCAAGGGCGGCAGACAUACCUCCCACAGCCUGCAAUUUGUCCAGAUCCUGUUUAUAAGCUGAUGCUCAGCUGCUGGAGAAGAGACACCAAAAACCGUCCCUCAUUCCAAGAAAUCCACCUUCUACUUCUCCAGCAAGGAAAUGGAGAGGAAUGAUGGUAUCAACCCUGGAGCACCUCUGAUGGUCCAUGGCUCUCCCCUUAAAACCCACCACUUCUCCAAAUCUAAGCCACUUCACCUGGACUUCUAAUGGACCCUGGGAGACAGAGGCUUCUUUGUUUAUCUCCUUUUUUUUACAUUAAAGAACUGAAAAAGAAAGAAAGAAAGAAAGAAAGAAAGAAAGAAAGAAAGAAAGAAAGAAAGAAAGAAAGAAAGAAAGAAAGAAAGAAAGAAAGGAAGAAAGAAAGAAAGAAAGAAAGAAAGAAAGAAAGAAAGAAAGAAAGAAAGAAAGAAAGAAAGAAAGAAAGAAAGAAAGAAAGAAAGAAAGAAAGAAAGAAAGAAAGAAAGAAAGAAAGAAAGAAAGAAGUCUAGGUCAGAAGAAGUCUAAAAAAAGAAAUCUCAGCUGACAUACCAAAGUUGGAUGACAAAGGCCAGAAAAUUCAAAUAAUUUAUAAAUGUUAAAUAUGUUUGUUCAUAAAUGUGCAAAUUCUGUGAUUUUUUCCUUCUGUGUUUCCCUUUUUAGGAAGCAUUUAACAAAUCAGAACAGAGAAAGACUUGAAGGAUACAUGAGGUAUGCUGUGGGAGUAUGUUUAAGCUAAAGGGUUCAGUGAGGCACCAGAUUAUGGACUGAUCAUGAGCUUUGAGUUCUAAUGAGGUCUUUCUCAUUUACUCAUGAGCUAACCUGGAUCCGUAAUUGAAUAUUUCUUCACAGUAGUGUCAUAUGUAGGAAUGAUUCUGAUAGCAUAUUUGUAAACACACAUAAUUAUACACACAUACACACAACAACGAUGACAACGACAAUUACGAACCCAGGUCCUGUGGAGAUAGGAACUCUGUUCCCAUGCAUGACAGUGGAGGGUAGCAGCAUGGUAGAGAGAAUCUAAGAAAGGAGAUUAGGCAAUUGUAGAGAAAAAAGGGUAUGUGAAUAUAAUCUGUGCAAGUGUGGAAUAUCCAUUUAUAAUCCCAGUAGGAGCUCCUGGACUGUAUUUCUCUUUAGUUGAUUCAAGUAUAUUCAGAUAUGGAUUUCUCCAAGAAAGAACUGAUUUUUAAAUCAGAUUCAAGGCAUAUCUGGGACUGGUAAACCAUGGCUGAGAUUGUUAUUAUAGUAUCUUAGCUAUGGAAUGACCUUAGAAAUCAAUUCCCAGUUCAAGAGAUCUAUGAGAGGUACAAUCCCAGUCAUCAUCUCUAGGGACGAUUGUGAGCCGACUCCCUGUGUCUUUGUCAUACGUGACAAAGCCAAUAGGAAGUGGAAUAUAAGGCUGGGUUUUCCUCCUUUAGACACUUGGAUCAUUCCUUAAAUUUUCUCAAAUUUGUAUUAAAAUGGUCUCAGAGUUGAUUCUGAAUGUCCACAAACUCCAAGCUCUCCAGCCUAGCAGAAAAACUAAACUUCAACUCAAAAUACAGAGAGAGACAGAAAGAAUUUCAGAGAGGGAGACUUCCAGGGAGACACAGUAGAGACACAAGGUCAUGAAAUUUGGAAGGAACCAGCAUAAUUUCCCUAGAAUAUACUUUUUUCCUCCCCCAAUCUCCAGGGGUUCACAUUGAAGGUGAGAUCCUUCCCACUCAUCCCAUUUUCAGUGACUUGCUUCAUUUCAGGGCAUGUUUUCUCUCACUGUUGGCCAGACACUUGGUGCCAGGCCAACUCCAUCUCUCUAGUAGCAGCCAAUUCUUUGGCAUCACAAAAAGCCUCUCCUGGAGGCAUUUUUUCUACGCCCUGAAACUGUACUCCAUGUGAAAUGCCCUUUUGCCCUAGGUCUCCAAAUUUUUAAUUACAGCUCUGGAUUUUAGGACAUAUUUUCCAAACCAGGCAGCCAAGCCACUAUUUCACAGCUCUCUCUACUCCCUCUAUCCAAUUUAAACAAUUCUUCAAGAUUCUGAUUGUCUUCUCUCAACCAGUUUUCAGAAUCACUACUGGAGCAAAAGUGCAGAUUGAGAUCCUAGAUUCCCAGCUUUAACCCACUGUUUCUAAAAGUGGCCAGGUUAGAGGCAUGAGUUUCUUGAUUCCCUUUCCUUCUUCCUUUCCAUUUAUUCUCCUUUAUUCUGCAGCAAUUCAUCUACCUGAUGCUUUUGUGUACUAAAGUGGUUCCAUACAAAUUCAUAUAUUUGAAACUAGCUUAUUUGCUCUAGAUUGGUCUUGCCCUAGAAAACCAUUUCAGUGGGCUAUCAAAUUGACUCAAAUUGGCAAUUUGCAUAUAGUAGUAGGUGCUUAAUAAAUGUUUGUUAAAUUGAAACAUUAAACAGGUGGUAUCACCAAACACUUUCUCCUCUUCUUGGAUGAAAGUUUGAUCUUCCAAUAUUUAAGCUUUAAAAUUAAGAGACAAUCCCAAUUACCAUCCAAAGAGCAUAUAGAAUCAUAGCAUGAUAGAAUCUCAGAACUGGAAGGGACCUUAGUCCAGCCAUGACCUGAGCAGGAAUUUCCCUCUAUCAUAUACCCCCAAAAUAGUCAUCUAGCUUCUAUUUGAAGACUUUUACUAAUAAGGAAUAUUUAAUGUGGCGACCAAUAAAUCAUCAAGAAAUCAAUCAUUAAGCAUUUUUAAAGUACCUAUGAAAUUUGCCCAAUACUAUGCUAGGUUAUACAUAAGUAAAAUAGUCUGACCCUCAAAGAGUUUACAUUCUAUUGGGAGUACAUAUCAUGUUCAUAGGGAAGUAAAUAUGGGAUAUAUUCAAAACAAAGACUAAAUGGAAGGAAGAGCACCUUCAUAGUAUAUGAUCAGGGCAUUUCUGAGAAAAAUGAAUUGAAAGUAGAGAAAUCCCCUUAAAAAUGUUGCAUGAGGCCUCAGAGUUUAAUAGCAGGCCACUGACCAUAAGACACAUUUAUUUAAUUUCAAGAGGGAAGCAUGCAAUUGUUGAACAAAGAAGGAAGAAAGAAACAGAUGCUUUGGCAGACGUGGAACUUUUCUCGUUCCCAUUGGAGUCAAUUCUCAUGUUCAGAGAUGAUGUGACAUCUAAGCAGUGUUUUUAGACAUUUCAAAUCCCAAGCUGUAACUAUGCCAGUGACUAUGGAGAGAACUAUAACCAGACUUGGAAGGUUUACUCACAAGGAGGAGAAUAAUCCAAUGCAUAAAGCAGAAUAAAGUCUGAGAGAAAGAGGAGAAGCCAAAGAUAUUGUGGGUAAUGAGGAAAGGCUGUAAUGUAAUGUCGACUGAAGUGUGCUGAGGAUGGGGUGGGAGAUGAGGUUUGGCAAGAAGAGAAGAGGCAGAAUCAAAGAGCAAGCAUGUUUUGUUAAAUGAUGGAUGGCAGAGACAGCGAGAAACAAAGAGGAAGAGAGACAGAGACAGCGAAGAUGGAGUAAGAAAGUUUUCAGAAUAUAGUGAGGAUGGAAUGAUGUAUCAUGCAAAGCAAGUUAGGGCUGAAGUGAUGUUGUGGCCUUUCUGGAAGGCAAGAGACAUUGGAUGGCACAAGUGAGUGUAUUGAAGAUAAGAAAAAGUGACCAGGGAAUGAAGGACAAUGGAGCUGUUCAGGGUGGGAUGAGAGGAAUUCUUGAAUGAUUUAGAAGCCCAUACUCAUCCACCAGAGGGUAGCAUUAUCCUACAACAGAAGCACAUCAGAGAGGCCCCCUUUUUUGAGGUUUUGUAGAGAGCAAUGGGUUAAAGUAUUUAGGGAAAUCCUGAGAUUUCAGAGAGAGUUGAACCAAAUCUCUCUUGGCACUUAGUUCUGGAAUUUACCUCCUGGUACAAAGAAAGAGUAAAUCUAAGCAAAACCAAUGACUAUACAGUCUCCUACUAACCUUCUUUUAUCCACAGACUUCUGGCUUAUUAACUUAAUAGGUCAAUGCUGGAUAUAUAUGUCUAGGGAUACUGAUUUGGCCUUAUUUGAAAGAAAUGGUUGUACUAGGUUCUAGUUCCAUAGGCCAGGAAAACAGAAAUGCAAUGAAAAUGCUCCUAAGAGAACUGGACCAUCCAACCUCCAGAAGAGUGGAUAGAUAGGAUGAUUUCUUGAAUGUCUUUUCAGCCCUAAGCUUCUCUAAAUCUAGAGCACACUUGUUGCUCCUAAAGAUGUUUUUUUCUAUGGGCUAUUGGCUUUUUCUGGCUACCUUUUUUCAUGGUUGGCUCCCACUAAAACAGGAAAAGUACAGAUGCUAAUAACUAUCAUAGCCAAGAAAGCCCAUGGCAUAACCAAGAAGAUACAGAUCAUUUAUAUCCAACUUCUGUCAUGUACCAGGAACCCCUGCUGCAUGAUUUCUCUGGAAGGUCCUAGUCUAAGCAGUACUGUUUGGUAUGGGAGCUCUAUAACAUGUUUCCCAAGUCUCUCUUGCUCUUCAUGAUUCCACUUAUCCCAUUGGCUAGUAUUGAAGAAUCAUUGUAGAUAUGAUCACUGCCAGGAGUAGGAAAGUUCAGUGUUAGGCAUAUCCAAACAGUGCCCCUUCUAAAGAAGGACAUUAAGUGGCAUGGAAUCUUAGAAAGGAGUGACUCUUCUUGCUUUAAGAUGAAUGCAGUUUUAAAAUUUUUCUUUUGAAAAUGAAAUCCUCCCAUUAAGAAGCCCUCCAAGCAUACAUGGAUGUACCAAUUUCAAUAACACUCAUGAUUACAACACUCAGAGUGGUCAAAGCCAAGCAGUAGAAAUCAUUGAAUUCAGUCAGAAAUCAUUGCUACCUUGUCAAAGGAAUAUUCAACUGAGUUAGGAAAGAAAUAUACGGAGUUUAUGUUCCAUGUGUGAAGAUAUUUUUCCAUUAAGGUUUGUAAAGACUCAGGUUUUUCACAUGACACACAAGGAAGUAAAAUGUGUUAGAUAUCAACAAUGUGGAGGUAGUCUGCAUGUUUUAGGUAAAAGAAAAGAGAGGAUGGAGAAGAAGGUGGUUCAAGGAAAGAACCAAGUUGAAAAGAAACAGCUUCGGUGUGGAGCAAAACAAUAAAUGAGAAGAUAAAAAGCUAAGAAUUUGAUUAUUCAGAAAAGUGAACAGCAUCAUGGCUGAGCAGAACCACUAGAAGUCUUUGUUUCUAACUAUAAUUCAUAGGCUUGCAAUAGACCAUCCAAAUCCUUUCCUUUGAGCAUAUUUCUUUGAAUGUGCCUAGUUCUCAAACUGUUCCUGGAAUAUUGGCAUCUUAGUCUACACAGAAAGAUGCCUCUAAAUUGCAAUUUAAAUGUUUUUACAAAAAUAUAUGAACGUCAUUUCCUCUUGGUAAACAUUCUUGGAAUUUUGAAUUAGAAGGUCAAAAGGCCCAAGUUGCUAAUGGUGAGUUGAUUUCCUGAAUUGCAAGCUCAUUUGCUACAAAUAGCUCCCCUACUAACUGUCAUGAUCACACAGUAGAUGGUUGUUUUGUUUUUAUAAUACUCUUAGUUCUUCCUGCCUUGUGAUUUAGCCUGAGUGGAUGUGGUAAGAGAAAUUCUGUCCAAGUGCAAUUCUGUUGAAUACAAGGGGGAACAUUAUCAAUCCAGGUAUAAAAGAGAUGCUGUGUAAUAGGUAGAUUGCUUUUCUUAAUCAAUAAACAGGACCAUUAAAAUCUGGUGCUUACUGUUCUAGAGAGAUAGGGAUAUGUUUUUUUUUUUUAAGACAUAAAACAACCUCAGGGAGAUAUGAACUCUUUACUUUUGUUGGCUGAAGACUGAAGACCUUUCCUAUUGUGUCUCUAGCUAGAUAAAAGAAUACCGGGUAGUCCCUGUGUGUAAUUGUGGCCAGACAAUAAGAGAACUUCCCAAAUUAAGCCAAAGUUUCCACUGACAAUGAGUGAAAAAGAACAUACUGAAAAUAGCAUUGGGCAUGGCUCCCUUUCUUCUUUCCCUAUUCAUCAAACAUGGGUUCAAUAGCUUAUCUUCAGAAGGGAAGGACAAUUUUAUCUUCAUCCAUUAUCAACAUGAAAAGGACCACUGAAUUCCUAAGUAGCCCAACCACUACUAUGGACUAAACUGAUUCUAUUUAGAAAAUCUGUCCUAAAGUAUUAGAAUCACAUUGUAAUUCUGCAGUCGCUGCUUCAAAUUAAUAGGAUUAUAGAUUUAAAUAUCAAAUUAGAUGGAGUUGGAGGGGAGGAGUGUUAGAGCUGAAAUGGAGUAAAAAGAAAAUUAUCAUUAAAACAAUUUCACCUAAAUACAUGGUGCAAAAUCAGGAAAGAAUGAAUUUCUAUUUCUCUGAAUAUUUUCUUAAAUGUUAAAGGAAGAGUGAGGAAGUUAAAAAUAUUACCCAAAUCAAUAUUGUACAGAAUUCUAACAUAAGAUGUUAAUUUCCCUUCCUUUGUGCAUUCACUAAUAGUUCCAGAUCUAUAAUAUCCAAUUUGUGACAAUAGCUUUUCUGUCAAUAGAUUUGAACCCAAACUCUUUGGUCCCAAACAUGGGCCUUUCCCAAUAAGCUAACCAGCAGCUCCUUCAGUCAUUCAGGCAUAGUUCUUGAGAACUAUUUUACAGGACUCUCUAAGAGAGGAAGGAGAAUAUAAUCAGGGCCAUACAUUUGGAGCAGGCAGGCUGGCUUAUGUGAAUUCAGUGUCAAAGCAGCCUGCAUACAGAGAAUCUCAGAGGAAUUUGAGAAAGCAGAAAGGGCUAAAAUAAUCACAUUCAAAGAAAAGAUUUAUUCUUAAUAUAGAGGUUUAGAAAUUUAGAGUUCUGAUGACAUCUGCAUAAACACCAAACUUGUAUAGUUUGUCUGGUCCACCCUGGUGCCAUUUUAUCUUUAGGGUUAUUUUCUUUUUCCCUCACUCUAUUCUUGAGUAAUCUUUUGUGGAGAACUUGGGUCUCUAUAGCAGAGUGGUACAUUCCUCCUGAGGACAGUGAAUAUGUGUGCCCUGUUCUGUCCCUCCUAACAGCUCAGAGGACAUUGUGUCCUAUUGAGUGCUGAUGAAUAGCAAACCGAUUUAAUCUCCGUUUAUAGAAAUCAUACUCAUUCCAAAAUAGAAUAUAUACAAAUUCUCUGUAUUUGAAAAAAAUGAGACGUGAUACCCAUUGUAUAUUUUCUUUUCUUCUUUAUUUAUUCUCUGUAAGUCCAUUUGUCAGAUGAUAAAAUGUAAAUAAUAAUGAUUAAAGAAAUAUGCUGCUGA